CUCUCCGCUUCAGUUGACCAGCGUCGCAACUGGGCGAUGCACCUCCAGAAAAAACCUCCGCCUUAUUAUCUGUGGACGACUUCAAAUUCACAUCACUCAAACCCGAGUGACUGUAUUUCUUGUGUUUGUUUUCCUUUGAAUCGUUUUUCUUCUUCUUCUUCUAAUUUUUAGCAGUGUAAAUUUUGACAGAACUAUUUCUUCGACAAGGUUUUUGGUUACCUACCUGAAAACUGACCACUUUAUUCAUUGCAGAGACACUAAUUCUAUUUUUUUUUUUUUUUUAAUCUUUAAAGAGAACCGGUUUGCAACUGGUAGCUCACUGGGAGAUGUUAGAAGGAGAGCCACACAAACAAGCUUGAUUUUUUAAUUUUAUUUUUAAUUUGCAAUUUUUUCUCGAAGACAUCGACAGCAUCUCCUAACAAACCACAGAAGCAACGGAGGCGCUCCUAAAAGGGCACCAGUCUUCAGCAGCCAUGCUUUCUCUGGACGAGCCGCUGGACCUGAAGCUUCCCUCUGGACGAACAGGCGGUCCUGUGAAGUUUGGAAAGAGGUCCUGUCCCUCAUCGAUCUGUGCUCCUAUCCACGCCUCACGGCCACGCCUGCAGUGCACCACCUUCCCAUCGCCGCCCUCCUCACCAGAUUCCCAGUCUUCUCAGGAGCGACCCGCCUGCUGCUUCACCCCUCCAGCCAUGGACCUCAGCAUGUCCCCGUCUUCUCAGCGGGCCCUCUCCCUGUCUCCGUCUCCGUCCUCCCCCUCGUCCCCCUGCCCUCCCUCGCCCCUGGAGUCCCCUCGCAGCGGCAGCAGCAGCAGCCCGCAGCCUCACCUCUUCUCUCGGGAAGCGUCUUGGCACCACAGUGUUGAAGGUGGAGCCUCCCAGCCCGGAUUUCCAUUCUACUUCCCCAUGAGGAGCCUGCAGAGGGGCUACGGCUUUUCCUCCUCCGUGUUCAUCGGCCAGCACAGAGAGAAGGCCGUUUCCCCCGAGCCCUCACAGGAAGGUCAGCUGGCCUGUCGGUGGAAGAAGUGUCGCCUGCUUUUCGACUCACUCCAGGAGUUGGUAGAUCACAUUAACGACUUCCACGUCAAGCCUGAGAAAGACUCUGGGUACUGCUGCCAGUGGGAGGGCUGCGCCCGCAACGGGAGAGGCUUCAACGCCAGGUACAAAAUGCUGAUUCACAUCCGCACCCACACCAACGAGAAGCCGCACCACUGUCCCACCUGCAACAAGAGCUUUUCACGUCUGGAGAACCUGAAGAUUCAUACCCGCUCCCACACAGGCGAGAAGCCCUACAUUUGUCCGUACGAAGGCUGCAACAAACGCUACUCCAACUCUAGCGACCGCUUCAAGCACACGCGCACCCAUUACGUGGACAAGCCUUACUGCUGCAAGAUGGCGGGCUGUUUGAAACGCUACACGGAUCCCAGCUCACUGCGGAAGCACAUCAAGGCCCACGGCCACUUUGUCGCCCAGGAGCCGGGUCCUUCUCCCAGACUGCGGACUGGAAUGGGGCUGGGGUUCUCUGGGCACCAAAACACCGCCGAGCUGUCCUCUGUAGGCGGGGGGCACGUCAUCCUUCCAGGAACAGCGGCAGCUCUUCUCGGCGGCCUUGGAACGUCCUUGCCCCUCUCUGCUCUCUGCCACUCCAGGGCCUUGGAUCACCACGGAGCACCCAUCUUCUCCAUGAGUGGAGGCGGCCGCUGUGGGAUCAGUCCCCUCGGCCUUUCCGAUUCUGCGCUGUUGCACCUCAGGCUCUCUGCUGCGUCUAUCCUGGGGCUGGGAGCUCUGGGAGGUCUGGGCCGGAUGACAGGAAAUGAGUCAGAGGGGGACAAUGAGAACGAGGGGAAAAAAGAGGGCGAGGCUCUUAACCUGUCUGUCGGAGAGGGACCCAGACCGGGGGAUUCUUUGUCUUGGGUGAUUGUUCCCUCAAACACGUUUUUCCUAAAGCCAACAGCUGUUAGUUAAGCUGUGAGAGCGCAGCUUUGGAGGAGCAUUGUGGAUUUUUGCAUCAGAUUUUAAAGCAACCAAAUGACAUCUGAGCAUGGACUUGAUUGCACCUUUAGAAAACCUGUGAGAUUUGGAUGAACUUACUCGGUUAUGGCAUAGUGCAAACAUUUCAGACAUGUCUGGACAAGAAUGUUUUCAAAAAUACAAGAGGGAGUUCUCUUUGAGUUUGCCUUCAAAGCAGCAUCAAUUCCCAAAAGUACACUUGCACAUGGUUUUUAAAGGGGCAGUAUUAUAUGUUUUUCAUGCAAAUAAUGCCAUUUUAUAACACAAUCAAGUAACUGUGUUAACUUCAGUUGUUACAAAAAAGCUAUAUAUAUAUAUAUAUAUAUAUGAUAUCAACUGCAUCAAUUAUCAAUUAUGACUGGAAAAAGAUUUGACUUCGUAAUUUCUCACCUUUAUAUUUUUGAAAACAUUCUAAUGACAUUUUUUCUGAAACUGUCUAUAAUAUUUGCACAGUACCGUAUAUCCCUUCCCUUUACUUGAUUUUCUUAUGAUUUCCAGUUACAUUUAUCACAGACUUUUGCCUGACAAAUCGUCUGCGUCUUUGCACUUACAAAACAGUGGCAAAACACUUGCAAUAUAGUUACAGUAUGGAAUUUAUCUGGGAGUAAAAAGAAAAAGCAAAAACGCACCACGUGACAAAAAUGUACUUUUGUAGCAUCAGUUACUUAAGUUAAUUGAUUAUUUUGUCAUUCGAAUUGAGCAGAUUUGAAUUACCGUAACAUCCAGACUACUGAGAGCAUCCGAAUUAAAGACACGCCCACUAACUUUGAAGAACAAAAGAAAAUGUCUGAAAAGGUUUGUUGAUGCUCUCAACGUCAAUUUGGUCUUAUGCCAUCCUCUUCAUCACGCAGCAGUCCAGCCUUUCGAAACCCUUUGGUUAAAUAUUAGCUGCAUCUCGGUGUUCAAGC